AUGCAGGCGGCCGAGCAAGAGCUCAAGAACGUCGCCGGCCCUUCGCGGAUCCAGCAGCUGCCACACGGCCUCUACCAGCUCGUCGAGGACUGCUUCGACGAGGAGCAGUACGACCAUGCACUCUCGCUCAUCGACGAGCUGCGCGCCGAGUCCAUCCGACCAUCCGAGUCACAGGUACGCAGGCUCUUCGCCCUCAGCCUCUGUUCGCUCCCCGCGCACCCCACCACGCUCCCUGUUUCCAACGCCAAGGCGCCGCUCGAACAGGACGACCGGGAUGCAGCGCAGCGGCGCCAAAUCAAGCUGCUGAGGUCCAGGCAUCGUCCGUCGCAAUGCGCCAUCUCGACUGCAUCCCGCCUCCUCCUGCAAUUGGGCAAGAGCUGGCUCCAUCCGACGGUCGCCUCGGCCCGACGCAUCGCAGCACAAGACGCCCACUUUGCCCGGUACAUCCUGUCCACGCUUCCCUCGCACGUCGAAGACGACACGGCCUCGCACACCGCGAAGCGGCCCGCACGGGCCUCGGCAUCGCCCGACUAUGCCGAGCAGCGCGAUCGGAGCACCCCGCUGGCCCGCUGGAUGCAGGAGCGUUUCAAGACGGCCGAGGAUGUCUGGGACCUCCUCUCUGGCGGCCGCACCGCGUCGCCCGACCCUCGGUCUCAGCAGGGCAGACUGGUGGAUGAAUUCUGGUUGUCGGAUCGCGAACGAAGGCUCGUCGAAGAGCAGGUGCAGGCACGAGCCUCGCGCACCUCGCAUCGUCAGCCGGCGGCGUCUUCCAGCAACGCUGCCUCGCAGGCCCACAGUGGGCCAUACGCCAGCGCCAGCGACUCGGACAGCUCGUCCGAGGAAGGCUGGCGCGCGUCGAAGCACACAGCUGCCACGCGACCUGUCCAAAACAACCGGCCCAUGCGCACGUCCAGGAGGGGGCUAGGCCGCCAGGUCGACGACGAAGACGAUGGCGAGGAUCUUGACGGGGCGAACCCAGCGCUACGCUUGACAGAUGGCGCCUGGCGCACGCUCAGAGUCUUGGUCGAGCUCUGGCAGUUGGAGAGCUCGCUCGACGAGCAGCAGCAGCAGCGCGGCUGCUUUGUGGAUCAGUUCCCGCCGAGCGAGCAGCGCAAGAAGCUGCUGAGCUCGCCUUGGCGGCAGCGGGCCAAGACGUACGCUGUUGGGUCCGACACCGGCAGCUCCGAGGUGCGCAAGGCGCUCGACGUCGCCUUUUCCUUCCCUGGCGCCAUACCGACGCUCUGGUGGCGCGACGCCGCCGCCGCCGCAAAGGAGGCCGACCAGGACACCGCAACAUCCGAACGCCGCCGCGCCGAGCUAGCUUGGAGGCGAAGGGACGCCCAGGACGACCUGGAAGAGGCGGUGCAGCGUCGCGUAGAGGCCGCCACGGCGCUGCUGGCCCUCAUGUUUGCCCACGCGCGGCGCAGCCUGCUCGACCAGAGCGCCGUCAUUCGGGGCACGGCGAUCCGCCUAUCGAGCCUCGAUGCAGAUGACGUCCGGCGUCUCGCGAUCAGGCUGCAGCGCGUCGAGCCGGGCAUGCUGGCCGAGUCCCUCCUCGCCCACCUUGCCCUCAUCAGCGGUUCGCCGGGCUCGAAGGCUGAAGGUGACGGCGCAAGGGCCAACGGUGGCGGCAGCGGCCGCCGCGGCAAGGACGGCGGUCGACAGGAUAGCCGGGGCGUCUUCGUACUUCGCCUCCACGGCACGGCGUUCUACGUCCGCCGCCGCUUUGUCGAAGAGCUGACCAGCGCCGAUCGGCUCCGCUCGGCCUUGGGACGCCUGGCACGCCAGGACGUCGUCUACGCCGACGUGCGGAGCUGGAUCGACGAGCCUGCCAACGCCGCCCUCUACCGGCAAACGGACGUGUUUGCACCGACCAACGCGGGCGGCGGCAAUGAUGACGACGACAGCGGCGACGAGGACGAGGAGGGCAUCGCAUGGUUCGCCUACCGCACCCUGAUGAAGCACGACAGGCGCACCACCGCGCUCUCCGCCAGCCCGGCUUCGACGCUCUCGUCGUCGCAGAGCUCCAGUCGCAGCACGGCGCAUCGGGUCGGCGCGCUGCUGCGCCUACACACCAUCACCGAGCAGGUGCGGACGGUGCAGAUCAAGUGGUUCGUGCUCCUCUGCCUGAUGGAGAUGCACCAGCAGGCCACCACCGUGCUCGAGGACCUGUCACAGACACCGACGUCGCCGGUGAACGCUGUCGCCGCCGCCGCCGAUUCGGACGUGACCUCGAUCCAGGCCGCGAUCCGAUCGACGCUGCCCGGUCUCGAGGCGGCCAUCCAGCAAGACGUCGACGAGGUGCAGCUGGCCAUCGAUGCGAUGCACACGUACGAGGAAAAGGCCAAUAAGGCCGUCGCUGCAGCAGCAGCAUCGCCGCGCAAGGAUCAGCAAAGCAAGCGCAAGGCAAAGCAUGGCGUAGAGGACCAGAAAGAGGCGGCCGCGGCAGAACUGCCGACCGUGGGCGAGACGGCGAAGCGGUGCGAGGAGCAGGUGCGGAGCAUCCGGGAUCUCGUCGAGGUCAUCAGGGUGUUUCGAAGCCAGCCAGAGUGGAAGGGCGGCGCAGGGAACGAGCAGGAGUCGGCGAUGGCCGCGGAAGAGGGCGACGAUGCCAUAGCCUGA